AAAAACACGUGGCGAAUAUCUAGGGAGGGGAGACAGGCUAAGGUCCUGAGGAAGGAGAUAGAGACGAGUUCGACUGGUCCGUACAUCGCCGUCUAUGGAGAUCUUCGCCGCUGCUUCUGUAACUUCGCCUAGAUUCCUCCGUUUUCCUCUUCCUUCGCCUCAAUCUCAUCUUCCGGCUGCUGUUCACCCCCCGUCGCCGUCGCCGCUGUUUAGACUUUGUUCUUGCCGCAAGCAUAUCGCUCCGUCUCGCUGUCUUUCCGACCAGUCUGCGUUUUCCGGGACCAAGGUUGCUGAUCCAGCUCCCUCACUUGUUGUGAAGAGGAAAGCUAUUGACAUUGCCCCUGAACUGAAAGGAACUUCUAUAUUUCUGAUUGGGAUUAACAACCACAUUAAGACCAACUUAGGGAAGCUUUUGGCAGAGGCAUUACGAUAUUACUACUUUGACAGCGAUAACUUGGUUGCAGAAGCAGCUGGUGGCGAAACAACUGCUAGAGCUUACAAGGAAGCUGACAAGAAGGGGUUUCAAGAGUCUGAGACUGAAGUGCUGAAGCAGCUAUCAUCAAUGGGUCGACUUGUGGUUUGUGCAGGAGAUGGAGCAGUCCAGAGCUCAACAAAUCUUGCGCUUAUAAGACAUGGGAUCUCCAUAUGGAUUGAUGUUCCUCUGGAUAUAGCGGCAAGAGGAGCUUCAUCCAGUGCAGAGCCUUCCCCUGAGGUAUUUGAUGAACUACGAGCUGCAUAUGAGAAAUCAAGAAAUGGGUACUCAACAGCAGAUGCAACCAUUUCCCUUCAGAAAGUAGCGACUCAGCUGGGGUGUGAAGACUUGGAAGCAGUAUCCAUGGAAGACAUUGCACUGGAGGUUCUGAAAGAGAUAGAGAAGCUGACCAGAGUGAAGAAAAUGAUGCAAGAAGCUGCUCGACCUUUCUAAGGAACCUGUUGCUGUUGGGACUUCCGUCUGGAAGUGACUUUGGGUUUGUAGGAUCAUUCGUUUGUCCUUUAUCACGUGAGCCCGUUGGAAGUCACGUGAUGGCAUUCAUCUCCCAAGUGGGCGUGAGGGUUGAGCUUUAUUUACGGAUUUGGGCCCUCUUCUUCAAGGAUAAGACCUGAAAAGCUCUAUCCCUACCUCUUCUUUCUCCUGUUUUUCUUCUUCUAUUUUUCUCAUUAUAUAUAUAUAUAUAUAUAUAUGCGUGUGCGUAUAUAGUAAAUGAAAAAUAUGAGUUUGGAUGAUUAACUCAUUGAUAUGGGUCCUACUUGAGUGAAACUCAUAUUUUACUGCCCAAUUAGUUAUUAUUCCAUAUAAUCAUGAGUUAUAUAUAAUCUCUCUUUGUUUUAA